AUGUCUGGCCCCAAACCCUUUGCUGUCGUAUACGGCGCGACUUCCUUCACCGCCCGUCAACUCCUCACCUACCUUCACGCCCACCCUGCCCUCGCUGCUGAAGAGUUUGACUUUGCCAUCUCGGGUAGGAACAAGGACAAGCUCGACACGUUGAAUGAACAGCUGUUGGAAGGCAAGAGGGAGGUCAUUGUCUUGGAGUUGAGUGAUUUGGAGGGUGUGGAGGCGAUGGUGAAGAGGGCGAACGUGAUUAUCAACUGCGCUGGCCCUUACCGAAACACCAACGCUGAAAACAUCAUCUCGCAAGUCGUCCCCAUCACUCAACAUCAUCCCCAAAGAUUCACAAACACUAACACCCCUCAUCUUCACAGCGCCUGCGCCAAGACUGGCACGCACUAUGUCGACCUCUGUGGCGAAGCCGCCUGGCUCUCCACUCACAUCAUCCCCAAGUAUCACGCUAUUGCAGGUGAGACUGGAGCAUGCAUCGUGCCUGCUAGUGGAUUUGACUCUGUCCCUUCCGAUAUGACCGUGUACCUUGCCCAGAAGACUCUCCGUGCAUCUUACCCCGGCGGUAUCCUCGCAGACUCCAUCUCCAUGUUUAAGUGCUCCGCCACCAUCGCCGGCGGCACCGUCCAGUCUUUCGUCUCUCUCACCGAGUUGCCCAAGAGCGAGCGCCGUUCGCCCGAGUUUACUCUCUGUCCUGGAUCGGACUUACCUACGACCAAGCCCCUUCUCUCUCCAUCUCUCCCCGCCACAAGCGCCUCCAACGCUCAGACAGGGACGUACUUUUUCAUGUACGUCUUCAACCGCUGUAUCGUCCGUCGAUCACAGUUCCUCUCCUCUACCCUCUACCCCUCUGCCUCCACCUACGGAAGCACCGAUCCCCAGCCUUCUGACGAAGGCGAGGGUAAGGAAGAAGAGGUCAUGAAGUACAUGGAAGGGUUGGAUAUUGGGUAUGGUAAGGUGAAGAGUAGUUUGUCGACCAUCCUCAUGGGCUUUGGCUUUGGCUUGUUCUUUGGUGUCAAAUGGGUCAGGAAUCUCAUUUUGAGUUACCUUCCCAAGGCUGGUGAAGGCGCUUCUCUCGAAAAACUCCACGCGGGCUAUUUCAAACUCACAAACAUUUCCACCUCCCGUCCCACCUCUACGGACGGCAAGGUGGUGCAGGUGUUGACCAAGUUUAACGGACAAGGUGACCCGGGAUAUCUCUCCACUCCCUACAUGAUCGCCGAGUCGGCCCUCUCUCUCAUCCUCCCUCCUCCCGCCAACACUUCCCUCCCGCCUCUGGCCAAGAAGGGCGGUGUCCUCACGCCUGCUACAGCUUUCGGAGAUGUUUUGUUGAAGAGGUUGGAAGACAGCGGCAACUUUGAGAUCAGCAGUCAGAUCGUAGAGGCCUAA